CCACAUGCUUGUUAUCGUUGAUAAAGCCAAAUGGUUGGUUCCUUGCAAAUAUCUAAAUCGGAUCUAUAUCUAAAAUACACUAACGUCAAAUUCUGGUGGGUGGGUUCUUAUGUAGGAUUGCAUCACACCAGUACCUGUCUCAUUAGAUAAGAGUAAUAAUUGUAGGGUGCACAUUUGUAAUUCUAAUCCUUCUACUUAGAUAUUGAUAACUAGAACAUAUAUAUCUUGAAUCUAGUUCAGGUUUUCAAAGAAGCUGCUUAGUCUUGCUCGCUCUUCUUGAAGAGAAAUUACAGUCGGAUUGAUCAACAAUGGCCAAUUACAGCACCAGCUAUUAUAUGGAUGAUCAUGGUGCGUACAAUAGGGAUUACCCUUUCCCUUUUUACUAUAAUAACUUUGAUUCUGCUUCAGUUCAAGAUUCAGCGUGCUAUUCCAGUUACACCUCCAAUGGUUACCAAAUUUUUUCCUCUGAUUCAAUCCCUUUCUUUUCUGCUUAUGAUCAUCCUGUUCCAAGCUUCUCAAGAAUUGGAUAUUCUGUAUCCGGUUAUAGUGAGCCUAAAUAUAUCGAGUAUAAACCAGCUCCUCACUAUAUUGCACAGACUCAGUUUAUUAUCUCUUACUCGGUCUCUGAGUUUGAUGAUACUAAUUUUGAAGAGUGUGAUCCAACACCUUAUGGUGGUGGCUAUGAUCAGAGUCUUACCUACGGCAAACCCCUUCCUCCUUCUGAUGAAACUUGUUAUCCUCGCUCUACAUCUUUAAAUGGUGUCUCUCCUGGGGUAAUUACAACACCUGUUGUAACAGAGGUAGUUGAUGAACAUGCAGCAAAACCUCAAGCUGGAAGCAAACCGACCGCCGCCAUCGCAGAGGCAGAGCAGCAGGAGCUGCAGCUUGACAAGCCUUUAGACCUGUACCAAGGAGAAGAAAGUAAAGAAAAGUACGGUGAUGAUCACAAUUCUUGGUCUGGUUAUGAUAACGGAUUAAGGGGAGAAAGUGGUUACGAGUAUGAGAAGCAAGUGGCUCAAAUUCCAUCAGGGUAUGGAUUGGAAGCUAUGGAUCUUUGUGAAGGUUUAUUUGGUUACUGGCCUUGUCUGUCGCGCUAUCGAAAGAGAUACAGUGAUUGUCAAGAAGCUGCUGCAGAUUGUGGAAAUUACAGAUGGAAGGGUACUGCUGAUUAUCUGUUCGGGAGUCCGGAUCCUUAUGGUGAUAGAAGAGAUGAUGAUUAUGGAGGCAGUUAUGGGAACGUUAUCUAUGGCUAUCAAAGGCAUUAUCAGCAGCAGCAACAACUCCUUUACCAUCAAGUUGAUGAUUCCUGGUCUGCAUAAUUGCAUUAUAAUCAGAAUCUUGUUUGAUAACUUACUUUUAAUUGCUGCAACUGUUUAAGAAUCCAGGACCAGUAAAAUCCUGAGAUGCAAUCUUCAUAACCCUUAUUGAAUAUGCCUGGCAACCACCAAGCACUAAUCUAUGGCAUAUAUCAUUCUUCA